ACCAGCCUGGAGACAAAACUGUGGACAGAGUGAUGCGGCAAUUGAGUGCACUAUUACAUUUCUCUUUCUUUUCAGCAACUUCAACAUUGACCACGACCACGACCACUACAAGUAGUGGUGUAACUGUAGCUGGCGUGGCAGGUGUCAGUGGUGCUAAUCUUUCUCUAUUAAAUGGCCCAAUUGCAUUGCAUCUUGAUACAUUAAAUAAUAUAAUGUAUAUUGGAGAGCAAACAAAUUCUCGUGUCUUGAAAUGGCCCGUAGGUAGCUCAACAGGCACUAUUUUCGCUGGUGAUAAUGGAAAUGGAUGUAACUUUAAUCAGUUUGGAAAUGUUGCUGGUCUAGCAAUGGAUAGUUUUGGUAACAUGUAUACAUCGGAUCCUGGAUGCGAUUUAGUAUUACAAUUUCCUCCAAAUUCAGAUUCAACUACGAGUGGUACGUUGAAAAUGUCAGGUCAUACUGCUCCGGAACAUAUUUUUCUCGAUCCAUCGACAAAUGAUUUAUACAUGGCCAUGGGAGGUGAACAUUCAGUACUAAAACUGGCAUACAAUAAUAACACUCCUGUAAUUGUAGCAGGAGGCAACGGAGCUAGCAAUGGUUUAAAUCAACUAAAUCAACCGAAUAGUGUCUAUUAUGAUUCUGUAACUGGCAAUUUGUAUGUUGCUGAUACAAACAAUCAUCGUAUAAUGAAAUUUCCUCCAGGAUCAACCCAAAGUUCCAACGGAGUAGUUGUAGCUGGUAAUAAUAUCGCUGGUAAUGGAACAAAUCAAUUAAAUGGCCCACGGGAUGUUAUUGUGGAUAAGAGUGGUAAUAUAUAUAUAGCUGAUGGAUCUAAUAAUCGAAUUCAACGAUGGCUACCAUCAGCUGGAAGUGGUGAUACAAUUAUUGGUUCCGCAGCUGGUGCAUCAGGUACAACAGCAAAUUUAUUGAACGGUCCUGAAACAUUGAGAUUUGAUUCAGAUAAUAGCUUAUUCGUUGUUGAUAGAAGUAAUGAUCGAGUGCAAGUAUUUAGUUUACUAUCUUGCUAG